UUCCGCCAAGGCGUCCAGGAUGGACACCAUUAUGCGACCGAUUCGGUGGUUUAUCGGACGUGUCGAGCAAAAUCCGCUUGGAACCGCCGACGAGUUCUACGUCUGGUUCUGCCUUUUGGAUGAUGUCUUGCAGCACGUUCUGCCGGAGACCGACCACAAUCUGGAAAUGUUUGAGCAAAUCCUCAAAUCGUUUGUGCAUUUGGUCAGCAAAGCCACCGUCGAGCAGAUGGAGACGAUCCGGGUCAUUACGCACAACACCGGCCGGUUCAUCGUGCAGACUUGUCCGUUUGUGAACUCGGACAGAGCCCGUUCCAGCGAGGACAAGCCAAUUCUGCAAUCCCAGCUGGACGCCAUCAACCGGAUCAUGGUCGGGUCGGAAUCGGCUAACUUUUUCCGCGAUCUGAUCGACGUGUUCAGCGAAUACUGGAAGAACCGGUGCGAAAUCAUCGAGAACAUUCCGGCAAAGAACUCCCUCGCCCGGAUGGAACAGAUAAAGAAGCAGCUGCUCACGAUCGUGCUCGACGCGUUGCGCAAGAGUAACGUCUCCGUCGGACACAUUGUCGACCUGUUCCGAUCGCUGAACGACUUCCUCAUCGAUCUGAACGACGUUUCAUUCGACUGGCUGAUCAAGGCACUGCCGGAGAAGCAAAUGAAAGCCGUGCAAGGGCUGGAGCUCAUCGAACCGCUAGCCGACCAUAAAUGGACCGGCACCGACAACCAGACGUACCGCGUGCUCGAACCAAUCAAGUUCCAACAGCUCUUCGUCCUCCUGCUGGACGGAGCGCCCUGUCCCAAGCACUACAUCAUCGACAUCAUCUCAAACCUCCUCGAACUCGUCCUCUUUCAGUUGGAGCACAAGCUGCUUCCCGAACCAGACCAGAUCGUGUCCUGCAGCGUCCUUCUCUCCUCGAUCCGAUCCUCGCUGAUGUACCUGCGCGAGCAAGCCGACUACGUUUCGUUCGACCUGUUCCUCGACGAGAGCAUCAAACCUUUCUCCAACGUCGUCCGCAACAGUCAAUCGCUGAACGAGUUUCUCAAGCGAAUCGCCCUGAUCAAGGAAUCUUUCUGCUACAUCCGCAAGCAGAACGAGAUGAGCAUCGCGGAAGCCCUUCGGAUGUACGACGAACUCAACGGCGAGGGCGAUCACUGCGCGGAAAUGCUCCAGCAAGCGUACCAGCAGUACAGCGAUCAGUUUGUGCAGUACAUGGCGGAACCUGCCCGCGAGGAGGAAGAUCUUGACAAGGCCGGUGUGGUGGCCAAGUUGGUGCGGGAGUCCGUCCCGUCGACGCCGAACUUGUUUAGCGGCUGGACGACGCAGUUUAAGCUAACGGAACUGCCAAAGAUCCUGGCCGGCGUGGCCGCCGUCUGGUCCAUCACGGUUUCCGCGGACGUGUCCAGCACCGGGAAGUACUUCAAGCCGCACUGCAUUCAGAUUUUGUGCGUGCUUCGGCUGCUGAGUGCGGAUCGUGCUGAAGACGGCGUUGGCAAGCACCUGGCCCAGGUUCUGACCGGUCAGGGCAAAUCGCUGGUGCUGGCGAUGAUCGCGGCUGUUCUCGCACUAACCGGCCACCAGGUUCAGCUGGUUUGCUACAACAAAUAUCUGGUGAACAGAGACAAGGCCGACUUUGACGAUCUGUACGAUAUGUUGGAGAUCGGCAACGCCAUCCGGUACGGAACCUUCAACAAUAUGGCCAACGCGGUCAUCGCACCGGAGAUUGAUGGAACACCGAAGAACCUGCGGUCGAUUUUGAGUGACUUGAUACUUUCGGAACCAAGACAUGCGCUACCGAGUAAGCCCAAGGCACAGGUGAAAGACAACUCGGUUCUUCUGAUGGACGAAGUGGAUGUUUUCUUCACGAAGGAAUACUACGGAAGUAGCUAUCAUCCAGUUGUAAGACUUAUGGUAGCUGGUUUGGACACAAUUCAGGAGGUAAUCUGGAGGUUGGUCCAUGCCCAAGGGAUGCGAGACGUGUCGCAGGUGAAGAGGCGUAUUUACGAGUUCAUUGCGUCGCCCUCUUUCAAAAGCAAGCGAGAUUUCGAUCAAUUCCUUUACCGAAGAUCGUCUUACGAGUUGGUUGUCGAUAGCGGAGACAAGUACACCAGAAAGCAGUUCACCAACGGAAAGCUCUUUUCGGAGCAACUAAAAUUGAUGAUUACAUGUGCCAUCUCGGUCGCAGACUGCGAUCUUGACUGGGCCAAAUUCAAACUCAACGAGAUGGGUGCGAUAAUGUGCAGAAGCCGCGAUCGUUUCGUGACCUCAACCGUGUCAAGCUACCACUCAAUGUUCAACUAUUUCCGGCUGAAGAAACGCAACUUUAUGCCUAUGGUGAGCAAACUUAAGAACUACGGCUACCUGAUCAUUGCAUGUGGACCCAUCUCGUACGCCAUGCUGCCCAAAACCUUCCCGCUCAUCCUGGGAGUCACCGGAACGCUGACCUCACUGAACCACCACGAAAAGGCGGCCAUCGAGCGGCUCUACAACAUUCGCCGAUCGUCGCUCAUGCCGUCGUUCUUCGGCUGUUGCAACGUGCAGUUCAACCCGGCGGAGAACCUCACCGUCCUGUCCUCCAAGCAGUUCUGGAUGGGCCAAAUCUUCUCGCGUGCCCACGCCGCCAUCGGAGCCAAACGGGCCGUCAUUAUCUUCUUCUACAACGACGCCCUGCUGGAGAACUUCCGCGCCCAGUACUGCGGCCAGCUCGAUCGGCUGGAAGUGCUCACGGAAAAUACCGCCGAGGACGAGCAGGAAGUGCUGAUUGGAGAGGCCGGCGUUGCCAAAACGGUCACGCUGGCCACACGCGGCAUGGGACGGGGCGUCGACUACAAGUCCAGCGUGGCGGUGGAGAAAAGCGGUGGCGUGCACGUGAUUCAGACCUUUUUCUCGCUGGACGUUAAAGAGGAGACGCAGAUCCGGGGCAGAACCUCUCGGAAGGACAACAAGGGCAGCUACGAGCUGAUUCUGUGCGAGGCCCAUCUGAAGACGCAACGGCUGAUGGCAAACGCGGAUUUGUUUGUGACGUACACGAAGCUGGAUGCGGCGAGGGCGGAAAUCGCCCUGAAGGAGGACAAAGACGUUGGGGAGCGGAUUGCGAAGAAUACGGGCGAUCACAUGACCACGCUGGCGUAUUUGCAGUCGUUCUUUGCGUAGUGUUAAAGCAGUUUUCACAAGUUUAAAGUGAGUUCGAAUAAAUGAAAAAGUUCUUUGUCUGUUAAA